CUUCAGGUGCAAGUUCCUUUGUCGUUUGGUGGUCUUCGCACUUUUGAUUGGUUUCGUAAUAUAUCACUUCACUAUAGUUCUGUAUAUUGAUAUUGACACGAUAGUACUAAAUGCUACUUUGUUUAAGACAUGUUGCUUUGGACGGUUAGCUACUUGGAAACUACUUCACUCAGUUGGCUCUACAAACAAAUGCUCAUUAAGUAGAAGUUUUCUUCGAUCCCAUUAGUAAUAGUCCAAAUUCACUGAAAACACAAUGCACUUAAAUUACUUGGUAUCCUCGACUCAAAGGGUCUGAAUUAGUCAAGCGUACAAAACAGUAAAUAUUGAAAGCUCUCCUGAACCGAUCGAUUCAGAACUUCUUUUCAUUGUAAGCUCGACUCAUUUUCGGAAUGUUGUUUCGUUCGCAGAGUUAGAAGUAUGAGUAAAUAAGGGCUUUCCUAGAACUCAUGGAAUUUCUAUAAGUUAAGUGACUUCUUCAUACGUAGACCAUUCCCACCAAAGACAUAUAGUGUGUAUACAGUCUGUUAUUAAAAUGGUUUCAGAUGUUUAUUCUUAUUAACCGCACUUCUUCGUAUUACUGUAAUUUAUCCCUUUUACUUCUAACGCUCAUCUGACAGUCUAGUUUCAGAGAGUUCUAGGAUCUAAGUCAAAUCGUUAACGUUUGCGGCGUCAAAAAUUGCUGAAGUUAUCUUCCACAACACAUCAGCAACUCCGGUUUUAGCGUCUGAAGCCAGACUUUGUCUUCAUAGUAUUAUAGAUUGCAGGGAUUACCAUGUUUCAUCGGGCUUCCUAUUUAUACUUUUUGAAACUGACGAGGUUUUUUGGUUCUUACUCUUUCCUCUUAAAUGAAGUAACCAAAUUUUUGAUACACUUUUACAUAACAUUCUAACCACUUGCCACAAUAGGUCGGUAAUUAUCGGUUGUCUGUGCAACUUAAUUUUACCAAAUAUUCUGUAAGAUGGGCGUUAUUGAAAUGUGUACGGUGUCAUAUUAUUUAGGGGUAAGUCGGUUUGCUGUGGAUCUCCAUAAAGACGAAAAGUAAUUCAUGUUGGCUCUCCGUAAUAGCCAAGCUUCAUCGUAGGUGGAUGUGCUAAGAUUCGGCAGGGUUCGAACGUUGAACUUUACAGCAGUUUGAUGUAAUGUGAUACAUGAUUUCGUAAACUCGGACCGUUACCAUUGGUGGCAAGUACAAUCUAUUUCGAAAUCGAAGGAAGCGAAUGGAAAAUUCGAUUGUGAACAAAACUAGAUUGUUUUACUAGAUGUAUGGGUACGGUAAACUGGUCUAUGGGUUGUGACGACCGCAAAGCGUGAUCAUAGCCCACAAGACGGCUGCUUGAAGCCGGUCACAGUUUCACUGAGCAGUCUGUUGUGUUAUCUUGAUAUCUUCAAAGUCCUACCGCCUCAGUGAAAAUCUGUUUCUCACGGUGAGGCUUGGUACUUUUAAGGUCGACUUUACCUGAUCCCUCGUUCUUGUUGUAAAGACAGGGUCACUAAAGAUCCCGAUUGUCUGGGAGAAGACACCGUACUGUCGUCACACCAAUACCAGUAGUACUUCGCCCUCCGACCUGCCAGUCCCCAAACAAACAGCUUGUCAUUUUCGAAACAAAUGUUCCAGUUAGUUUAACUCUAUUAGGUCAUCAUGACAGGCAAACAACUCUCUAAGUUAGUACUUACAGUCACUGACCUUAUUAUUUAGAAAAUUUUCAAUAUGAUUGUUUCCUGUUUUGUACUAUUUUCACUUCAGCUAGAAAUGUACAGGUAAUGAAUUAUUCAUAACUUGCCCAAACAAAAUUACAGCUACAUGAACAGAUUCACUUCCGUACUUGGUAUGUAGUUGUUAUUCUUUAGCAAAGAUACUACCGACUUAUAUUUUCUUAAUCGAGUUCAUCAAACUUACUAUCUCAUUUAACCGUUUCAGUAUUAUGGAGCACAGCACAGACAGUCAGGGUGAAGAAUCUAGUUAUCAAGAACCUUCGUAUUAUGAGGGUCUAGAUGGUUCUUUGCAAGAUCAUGAUGCAGACUAUCAAGCGGGUGAUAUCGAACAAAGAUCACCACUUCGUGAGCAAGACCGUUUUCUGCCAAUAGCUAAUGUUGCUAAAAUAAUGAAAAGAGCAGUACCUGGGAAUGGAAAAAUUGCUAAAGAUGCUAAAGAAUGUGUGCAAGAAUGUGUAUCAGAGUUUAUCAGUUUCAUCACUAGCGAAGCUGCUGAUAAGUGUCAAACUGAAAAGCGUAAAACUAUUAACGGUGAAGACAUUCUGUGUGCUAUGAAUACACUUGGCUUCGAUAAUUACAUUGAACCACUUAGAGCGUUUCUAGUCAAGUUUCGUGAAGUAAGUACCACUACUUAUGGACUUUAGAGCGUUAUUAUUUGUUUGAAAAAAGUAUUGCCUUUUUUCCGUUUUUUUCAUGUCUUUAUCACCAUAGUUGGCUAAGCGACUUCCUAGCAUCGCCCUCAUCUUUCUUGUUCUUAUAGUGGGAUUCAAUUUUGUUUGAAUAUUGACUUGCCUCUUACUUGUUCUGUCUUUUAAUGUUUAUUCUUUUUGGUUGUUACUUUCUUAGUACGGUUUAAGUAGGUUUUCACUUGCUUAUAUGUUACAUCAAUUUAGGAAAUAAACACUACUCCCUCAUUAUAACAUUAGCUAAGUCCUUUGUUAUUUGUCAUACUUUUGUAACGUUUAAUGUUUAUAACCUGGUGUAAUCAAAAAUAUUCAAUGAAUUUCUCAAGUUUCGCGCAGUUUAGUUGACUGAAAAUGUCUUCUUUGCUCAGUAUCUUACCUAGACAGAUCAAUAAUACAAUAUAAAAUACUUAGGUGCGGGUGCAUCCACUCUUUGUGUUUUCCCAAAUUCUAAUCUUCUGAAUUCUUCAUGUCCUUUUUUUUCUCUUCCCAAAUUUAUUUCACCGGAUUAUACUCCUUGGAUAACAUCUUCAAACCUUAAUUCUCCGAUUACUGCUUAUACUUUUACUACCUCUACCACUAUGGGGUUUGAAUCGACAAUUGUAUCUCUUUGCUAAUGUGGUAUGGCAACUUGAACUGAUGUAUGCAUGUACGAAGUUCUACGUUGUCACUGACUGACUGAUAAAAUACUCAGAAUUUUAAUUUUUACUAGCCAUCUGUGCUUUUGGUUGUACUUCGAUGCUUGUAUUGAGGAGAAACUGUUAGAAAUUCAUAUUUUCAAAGGUUGUUUGAUCAUUUUGACUGUUGCCGACGAGCGAAAAUUGGUUUUCUUUCAUUAUCUUCAUUUUUUUGCCGUUAUGGUUGUAUUUGUAGGUAAAUAUGGAAUACAAGAUCUAUAUCGACAUUUAGUCCUUGCUCAUUAUUAUAUUUGAGGUGUCAUGAUGAGUAACUUAACACCUAAAAUAGCGUGUUGUGAUCAUUCAUGGACUAGUCGUAUUCUUAUAUUCUUCAUACUAAGUAACGCUAGCAUCUACAGAAACAACAAAAACCAUUUAAAGCAAUUAGUCCCUUUUAUAAAUUUCGAUAGAACAAUGAGAAGACGGAGUUGAUCUGAAAAAUGUGAUGUAUUUGCGCUAUACAUUUCGAACAAUCUGGUCACACAUAUACUUGUCAAGGCAUUUUUAUAUGAAAAUUAAUAAAGGUCAAACAAAUAAAAGUACAAUUAAAAUAAUAAACAUCAUUUGUUUACUCAAAUGGCUGUAGCGAAUUGGUACACUUGAAUAAAUGUAAUAGUUGUUUUUCUAGGUGUCUCCCGAGCUCCCAAUUUUGGGGAAAAUUUGACCCAUUUUGGAGAAGUCGCUAUAGUGAGCUUUGGGGAAAUUCCCCUUUGACCUUGGUCAAGGUCACUUGACUCUGGGGAUUUCCUCGAAAUUUCCUCAGAAUUCCCCAAACUUGGGAGCUCGGGCUGUAUCUUAACUGUUAUUUGUUUUUAUCUCAAACUGAUGGUCUGUGCUGUUGUCUAUUUAAAAGUGUUUAUUAGCAGCAAUGUGUGGAAUUUAUUGUGCCACUCACAAACUUAGGUAACGUCAGAUUACAAAUUAGCUCCAUUUCUACUAUAUGAAGAUUUGUGUCUGUGUUAUUUUAAUUUCAGAUACAUAUAAAACUUGUUUUUGUGUAAUAAAACAAGAAUAGAUUCAUCUGCAUUUUGCGGUAGAUUUGUAGUUGUAUUAAGUUUGCAUUCAGGAUUCCAGUUAGGAAUACGAUAAAACAAUCUCGUGAUGCUCACAGAUGCAUUAUAUUUUAACAUUCGUGGUGCUUUGAUUACGCUUCGGUUUGUUAUGUUACUGAAAGUGAUCAAAAGCAGAUAUGACACGUGAGAUUCAUCGAACGAAAUGACAGUAUAGAAAGCAUAUGUUCUCAGCGUAAGUUAAAAUGUACUCACAUUUAGGUGAUGGGAGAAAAUUGUAAACCUCUGCCAUUUCGAAUUUGGCUUACUCAUAUCUUUUUCGUUUUCACUAUUUUCAUUAUCCAUAUUAGCAAACUUGAGUCUUCAUUCAUUGAUGAAUCAUCUGUUCCCACCACAAUGUCUACCGUCCCCUCAGCGGUUGGUUCGGCUGUGAUCUUGAGUCCAACAUUAUUAUCAACUGGCCCCAGUGGUUUAACCAACAUACCUUCACGAUCCCUGGCUGGCAGACAGUAUGCUGUAGUUAACGGCUCAAAUGAUAUACAAAACAAUAAUGUUCAUUCCGUAUCGACUCCAGAUAUCAAAGUAGCAAAUGCAGGAAUGACUACCCUAGGUACCCCUGUGUCUUCUUCUUUAGGGACUACAAUUAUUUUGCCAAUAUCAACUCCUUUGGCCUUCGUUAGUGGGCCUCAAACGUCAGUCUCGCUGGCCGACCAAUCGACGGAUUCAGUUUCCUGAUUCUAUGAUAAGUUCCGUUGGACGCACACUUGUAGUUUCUCAAUUCUAAUUUUAAGGUGGAAAUAUGAUCAAUGAAUCUACAUUUUCUUUUCGUAUAUAUAUAAUCCUAUCUAGAAUUGUAUUGUCUUCAAGUUCCUGUUUACUACAUAUAUUAUUAUCAUAGUAAAAUUGUAUUUUUAAUUGCAUCUCCAGUUACCAAUUUUGUUUUAUGAACUGUUAAUUCUCUAUCACUGCUGUGAAAAGCUUUUAUGCUUCCACAUUCUGUUUGUAAUUCAUCCUCAUGUUUCAUAUUCCACUCAUCAUUAUCAAGCGAUCAAACUAUUUUUCUCUCUAUCGUUUAAUAAUACUUUCCUAAGAAUAAACCACGUUAAGAUGUUUUUCAUUUAUGUAUUAGAAUUUCAUUUUUCCAUUACUGUUUAUUUGUAAUUUAUACUAAACAAUGAUGUUUGUAUACUCGCAGAUUGAUUCUGCUUGAUUUUACUUCAUACAAAAAUUAACGAUUCUGUUAUACCAUGUAUUGCGCUUUUUCUACGUUUAACCCUCAUUCUAGACAGAAUCAUAAGCUUGAGCUCCAACGCGUAUGUGCUAUGAAAGUUCCUCCUAUAGUGGAAAAUCCAGCCUCCUUACCUUUUGAGAUUUUUCGCAAUUGUUUUGUUUGUAAUCUCAGUCUUCUUCACAAGAUGUAAACCGCUUAAAUCAUUCCCCUGAUAAUUUACAUUAUUGUUGGUUCAAAGCGUUUGACUCGGCCGGAUGUGUAGAAAGUGGUGCAUCUAAUUUCACAUCCUAGAUAACUAAACAUAAUAUCAAUA